AUGGCGCACCAAAUGCUGGUUCCGUCCGUGAACUGUUCGCUGGACGAUAUCGAUCUGAACGCACUGAAGGACCCGGCAGGAAUUUUUGAGCUGAUCGAAGUCGUCGGAAAUGGAACAUACGGACAAGUGUACAAGGGUCGCCACACAAAGACUGGACAACUUGCUGCCAUUAAGGUGAUGGACGUCACCGAGGAGGAGGAGGAAGAAAUAAAGCUGGAGAUCAACGUAUUAAAGAAAUAUUCCAACCAUCGCAACAUUGCCACAUACUAUGGUGCAUUUAUCAAAAAGACGCCCGCCGGCAAGGACGACCAGCUGUGGCUGGUGAUGGAGUACUGCGGGGCCGGUUCCGUCACUGAUCUGGUCAAGUCGACCAAAGGCCAGAGCCUGAAGGAGGAGUGGAUCGCGUACAUCUGUCGCGAGAUCCUCCGUGGGUUGAGCUAUCUACACACGAACAAGGUGAUACACCGAGAUAUCAAGGGCCAGAACGUGCUGCUGACGGAUAACGCCGAAGUGAAGCUGGUCGACUUUGGUGUAUCGGCACAGCUCGACAAAACCAUCGGUCGGCGGAACACCUUCAUCGGUACACCCUACUGGAUGGCACCGGAAGUCAUAGCUUGUGAUGAAAACCGGGACGCUACGUACGAUAACCGGUCCGAUCUCUGGUCACUAGGUAUUACCGCGCUGGAAAUGGCAGAAUCACAGCCACCGCUCUGUGACCUUCAUCCCAUGCGCGCACUGUUUCUAAUUCCGCGAAAUCCUCCCCCACGUAUGAAGUCGAAGAAAUGGUCAAAGAAGUUCCACAGCUUCAUCGACACGGUGCUAGUGAAAGACUACCAUCAACGGCCUUACACAGAGCAGUUACUGAAGCACCCUUUCAUCAAAGAGCAACCAACAGAAAGACAAGUUAGAAUACAGCUUAAAGAUCAUAUCGAUAGGUGUAAGAAGCGUAAGCAGGAGAAGGAACGCGACGACUAUCGCUACUCCGGAUCGGAGAACGACGAUGAUGACGGACAAACUGCUGGCGAACCUUCGUCGAUCAUUCAGGCACCAGGCAACGAUACUCUGCGACGUACAUUCCACCAGAUACAGGAAGGACGAAUGCAGAACGCCGAACAGCAGCAGCCACCGAAUCGGAAUCAGAAACCACCACCUCGUGAUGAUCGGAGUAAACCACAGCCGGUCGAGGAACCAGGACCGCCAUCGAGACCGCAGCUACCGCAACGUUUGAUAGUGGUUCCGGAUCCACCGGCCAACAGCAACGCGAACCGGCCACUGCCACCGACACCGCGCAGUGGCAGCGGUUCCUCCUCGCAACCGCAACAGCCAUCGUCUCAGACGCCGCAACAGCCGGCACGCAAUCAGCAGAACUUCUUCAAACCGGUGCUUCCACCGAGGCGACCUGAGGAAUUGGACAUGUUGGCCGCACAACUAAAUGAACUGGGCGUCUCCUCCUCCCCGCAGCAGUCGCAGCAAGCGCAACCGGAAGCGCCUCCGCGGAACAAUCGGCCCCAGCCUGGACCGCCGGUACCCGGCCAGCAGCAACAGCAGGUCAGUGGAGGUGCCAGCGGUGGCGGGAAGGCUCCCGCCAUUGCACCGAAUGGCAACAAUAAUAGCAGCAAUGGCGGCGGUGGUAGCAGCGGCAACAUCAAUAACAAUAAUCAUCAUCCGCAACCGAUCAAUCCGCUCGAUCCCAUCGAGAGCUCCGACUCGGACUCGGAACCGGAAGAACCGAACGGCCGAACACGAAACGACGGCACGCUUUUGGCCAGCGAUCCCCCGAUGCCACUUCCCGAAUUUUCCUAUAGGACGGGCGGUUUGGGAGUGCUCGCCGAGUCCGACCAGAACAAUCAGUCCUCGUCGAGUACACCGGCUGGCGGAGGCGGCAGCGGAGCCAGUGUCCUGUCGCCCCCGAGCGGUGGCGGCGGCGGCGGUGGUGGACCUCCGAACCGACCGCUACCACCAACGCCCGACGAUGAUGACGCGCAAGGCGACGGGACGCUCAUCAAGCGGAAUUUCGACAAUAAGUCAUCUUCGUCCAUUGGAACGUCCAACACGUCGUCGUCCGCCUCGACCGGUUCGACGACGCACUCCGAGAGUGACGAAGCCGUCCUACUGCGCGAUUGGGACUUUGAGCGAUUUUUCCCGUCGAACGAGCGCCCGAAGCCAUCCCAGCGUCACUCGAUGUCGGAUAAGACGUCCUCGUCCUCGUCCAACUCGCCCGCUGACUCGAACGGGCGCCUCCGUCCAAACGCGAUCGACAACAAAACCCGCAAGGAGCUUGCCAACUCUACUGCUUCCUGCGCGAUCAAGAAACCCUACCCGAGCCACCACAACAACCUCGCGUACGCCGAGAAACGUAAGGUGGAAGAGAUGAACAACAAGAUACGGCUUGAAGAGCACGUCAAGAGCGAAAUAUUUGCCCGUCAGCGGUUGCAGUACGAUAAGGCCUCGUCACCUUCGCGAGGCUCGUCAGGAGGACAGUCGUCCCAGCAUCAGCAGGCACCUAAACGCCAGGAGUCGUCGGACUCGAAGCUCCCGCUAAACUUUGCCCGUGCCUUCCGGCGAGAGAAUUCGGACUUUUUCCCAUUGUCUAAGCGCCACUCGGCGAUCCUGGGUGAGACUGCCGCCGACAACAAAUCGAUGGCGUCGUCCCAGCAUCAGCCCCAGCAGCAACAGCAGCGCUCCAGUGCCAUCUUUGCGCGCAGCAGCCGCAAUAAGUUCGAGCCCAUUCUGACCAACUUUUCGCUCAACAAUCCGUCCGGCAGCGAUGACGAGCGACGCUCGUCCUGCGCAACUCCGCCCCAGCUGGGUCAAGGCGUUGCAAGCGGAAGCCGGGAAAGUUCCGGCACACCAUCACCCGGUGCAACCGAGAGAAGUGACCGCCGGCAGAGUCCUUUGGCUAGCUCGUCACAGGUGACCACGCGCAACAUGGACUUCUUGCGUCCGCGUCGCGAAAAAACCGAAUCUGUUAUCUUCGUUCGUAAUCCACCCAACCGGCAGCAGCCCUCCGCGCUGCUGUUUGAGGGUCAACAGAAGAAUCGUUCUGGUGAGAACAGCAGCCUUGGCACGCCGGGACAGCGGACGAGCAGCGUCCUGCCGGAUCUACUUAGUCAAGCUUCGCCGGCGACGCCACCGAGACAUGACAAAUCCGCCAGCGAAGAGUACCGGGCAGCCGUCAGUUCCACCUUACAGUCGACCAUCGUUGCCAGCAGCAUGCAUUCCAAACCAUUUCUCCCCGCUCCGAACAGUACCAACGCCAACAUCAUCACCAACAACAACCACCACGGUGGCAGUUCCAGCUCUAACGCUGCUGUUCCCGUCGGUCCCAGUCUGGGGGGCAAAGGCAAUGCCUCGCCCCACUCGACAGUGUCGAACUCGUCGUCCUCUCGCAACAACAGUCCCAACCACUCGAUUAACACUAGACUCCUAAGCAAUAGUAGUAACAGUAGUAGUAGCGCCGUCGUCGUCAAUCAUAAGCAGUUCAAUAACAAUCAUUUACUACCUCCUCCCUACCACCAACAAUACCUUCACCAUCAAUUGCCACACCACCAUGUGCACCACGCGUUGUCCCCGACGUUGCCGUCCUCCGUCUCACCGAUGGCCACGAUGCCUGUGCAUCUGCUUUCCGGUGCCAACGCGAACACGACCAACCAACACCAACCGCUGGUUGGUUCGAACCACCUGCAACAACCGCUACCGGUGUCGCCGUUUUCGUUGGCCCUGCAACAGAAGCAACGGAGCUUCCUGACGUUCGGUUUUGGUGCCCAAUCGGGUGGUUCGGCCGCGUCCCGUCGCGAGAGCCACGUGAACGUGAACGUGACGCCGACUUCACAUGAUGCCACCAGCGAUACGCCCGAGAUUCGAAAGUACAAGAAGCGCUUCAACUCGGAGAUCCUGUGCGCUGCCCUGUGGGGCGUCAACCUGCUCAUCGGCACGGAGAACGGGCUGAUGUUGCUCGAUCGCUCCGGACAGGGCAAGGUCUACCAGCUGAUAUCCCGUCGGCGGUUCCAGCAGAUGGAGGUGCUUGAGGGGCAAAACAUUCUGGUGACCAUCUCGGGCAAGAAGAAUCGUGUCCGCGUGUAUUACUUGUCCUGGUUGAAGUCGAAGAUAUUGCGCACAGACGGGCUGACGGAUCAACAAGUUGAACGCCGCAAUGGUUGGAUCAACGUCGGCGAUCUGCAGGGUGCCGUGCACUUUAAGAUCGUCAAGUACGAGCGGAUCAAAUUCCUUGUGAUCGCCCUGAAGGACUCGAUCGAAAUCUACGCCUGGGCCCCGAAGCCCUACCAUAAGUUUAUGGCAUUUAAGAGCUUCGGUGAACUGAUGCAUCGUCCGCUGUUGGUCGAUCUGACUGUCGAGGAGCAGACGCGAUUAAAGGUCAUCUACGGUUCGGCGGAAGGUUUCCACGCGGUCGAUCUUGAUUCGGCAACCGUUUACGAUAUCUAUCUUCCUAAGCAUACUCAGGGUCCAAUAUCGCCGCACUGUAUCGUCACGCUGCCGAACUCAAACGGUAUGCAGCUGCUGCUGUGCUACGACAACGAGGGUGUCUACGUCAACACGAUGGGUCGCGUAUCAAAGAACAUCGUGCUGCAGUGGGGCGAAAUGCCGACUUCCGUUGCCUACAUCGGCACUGGUCAAAUUAUGGGCUGGGGCAACAAAGCAAUCGAGAUCCGCUCGGUCGAAACCGGCCACCUGGACGGUGUGUUUAUGCACAAGAAGGCGCAGCGUCUCAAGUUCCUGUGUGAGCGGAACGAUAAGGUUUUCUUCAGCAGUGCCAAAGGCGGCUCGUCCUGUCAGAUCUACUUCAUGACGCUGAACAAACCGGGCAUGGCCAACUGGUAA